CAUCUUUUUAUCCUUGCUCCCAACAUUAAACUAGUGCCCCCUGUGUCGCUCCGCAGAUCGUUACGCACCGGCGUUUCUCUCCAACCGUUGGACGCUUUUAUCAAUCCGGGCAUGAGGGAUGCGUAAAACCCGCAGAUCUCCGCCCGUGCGGCUCCGCGGAGGCACAGUUCGGCCACUAUCACCGGCGGAGCGAUACCACCAUCUCCUCCUCUCUGCCUCGGUUUGCCUAACGGAGGGUGUGUAGCUCAGUGUACCUGAGAGAGGGAGAGAGUCGGUCGGCUGCUGUCGGUGAAGAGGGGCAGAGGAUCGAAACUGGACCGGUGCACCUGCUGCUAACGCUCUCAGAUGCAUCACAGAUCCUCCAUCCGCUGCGGUUGUUUUGCAACUGAUGAUUUUUUUCCUCCUGCUAUCUUGACGCGUUCCUGGGGAUGUCUAUGAACAUGUUUAUUCUGGUGCCGUGCUGCUGUGCGUGAGAUAAAGAGGUUCAGUCGAGGUAACUGUGUCGCCUCACUCCACUGGGUCAACGGAGACACUGAAGCUGGAAAGUGGAAGUCAGAAUGCCCUGACGCAUCACAGUCACAAACUACUGGCUGCAAGGACAGAAAGACAAGGAUCACCGUUGGCGCUGGCGAGCAGGUGCUGUUGUCUGGGCUCGUUGACAUGCGUUCCCCCUGAGCUCGGUCACGCCUCUCUCAGCGGUGUGGUGGCAGGAUGCCGGUGCAGGCGGCCCAGUGGACAGAGUUCCUGUCCUGUCCCAUCUGCUACAAUGAGUUCGACAGCAGCGGCCACCAGCCCAUCAGUCUGGGAUGCUCCCACACGGUGUGCAAGACCUGCCUGCACAAGCUGCACCGCAAGGCCUGCCCCUUCGACCAGACGCCCAUCAGCACCGAUAUCGACCUGCUGCCGGUCAACUGCGCCCUGCUGCAGCUGGUCGGAGCUCAGGUCCCAGAUGUUCAGCCGGUGAGCCUGAGCAGUGCAGCAGAGGUGGAACACUACGAGGUCUGCAGGGUUUGUGUAGAAGAGCUGGCUCUCUACCUGAAACCCAUCAGCGGAGCAAAAGGUGUGGCCACCCUGAGUCCGAGCGUGCUCAGUCGGCCCAUGCAGAGGAAGCUGGUGACGUUGGUGAACUGCCAGCUGGUGGAGGAGGAGGGUCGGGUGAGGGCGGUGCGGGCCGGACGCUCUCUGGGGGAACGAACCGUAACCGAGCUCAUCCUGCAGCACCAGAAUCCCCAGCAGCUCUCGGCCAACCUCUGGGCAGCGGUGAGGGCACGUGGCUGCCAGUUUCUGGGACCUGCUAUGCAAGAAGAUGCACUGAAGCUCGUGUUGCUGGCUCUGGAGGACGGCUCGGCUCUGUCCAGGAAGGUGUUGGUGUUGUUUGUAGUCCAGAAGCUCGAGGCUCGGUUCCCACAGGCCUCCAAAACCAGCAUCGGCCACGUGGUGCAGCUGCUCUACAGGGCCUCCUGCUUCAAGGUGACUAAGCGGGAUGAGGACUCCUCGCUGAUGCAGCUGAAGGAAGAGUUUCGGACGUACGAGGCUCUGAGGAGAGAACACGACGCCCAGAUCGUCCACAUUGCGAUGGAGGCCGGUCUGCGAAUCUCCCCCGAGCAGUGGUCUUCUCUGUUGUACGGAGACCUGGUCCACAAGUCACAUAUGCAGUCCAUCAUUGACAAGUUACAGUCUCCGGAGUCAUUUGCAAAGAGCGUUCAGGAGCUGACAAUCGUUCUGCAGAGGACAGGAGACCCUGCCAACCUCACAAGCCUUAGACCACACUUAGAGCUACUGGCCAACAUAGAUCACAACCCAGACGCUCCAACACCAUCCUGGGAGGAGCUGGAGAGUGUGAUGCUGGCGGUGAAGCUGGUGGUUCAUGGACUGGUGGAGUUUAUACAGAACUUCAGCAAGAAGAGCCACGACACUCCACAGCCUCAGGCCAACAGCAAAUACAAGACCAGCAUGUGCCGAGACCUUCGUCAGCAGGGAGGCUGCCCCCGAGGAACCAACUGCACUUUUGCACACACGCAAGAUGAGUUGGAAAAAUUUAGACUGAGGAACAAGAAGAGCAGCAGUGUGGGCCGUGCAUUCCCGUUAGUCCCCGGCGUUCUGAAUAAAACCUUCACCAUGGAGGGAAACAUCCACGCUGAUGCGGGAGUCGGUCAGAGCCUCAAAGGCUCCGGGGAGAACACGGCCUCCAUGACGGAGGGAGUUCCCGGCCUGACUCACCCACAGCUGAUCUCACGAGGGCCUGACAUGAUGGAGGAAAUGAAGAGAGCUGUGCCAAACGGAACCAGUGGGGCCAAUGGGUCCAACGGCUUAUCUGGCCACAACAGAACCUCGUCAGGAUCAACAGAGCAGAAGAACAUCUCUCCUCCCAGGACUCCAGUCAGCCACUCGUCAGCGUCGUCUCCUCUGACCACAGUGGGCCGAGCUGAUGGUGGUGCUCCUUUACCCAAACAUGGUCAGUUCAUUCUGCGAGGCCCACAUCCUUCUCAGGCAUCGGAGCUGUACUACCAGGAGCCCCACUCUGCAUAUGACACGGCCCACUAUCAACCAACCUCAGGUUCCUACUAUCAAUCUUCCCUCCACCCUCCUCACAAACCGUGCAUGGCUCGGUUCCUCCGGUCCUCCAAUGUCCCAGAAUCCUCUCUGCCACCUUCCAUCGGCCCUCCGCCAUCUUCUUACCCGAACGACCCUCAAACGCCUCACCCACCCUCUUCCUCUUCCUCGGGGUACCCUCCACACCCACCCAGAGAUCGGAUGGGACCUCCUCCCUUCCAUCCCCACCCAGGCCAGCCUCAGUACGGUCCUCUGGCUCCUGCUCACGGUGUUUACGCUCCCCUCUACGACAGCAGGAGAGUAUGGAGGCCUCAGCUGUACCACAGAGAGGAUGCCAGGAGUAACUCACUGCCUCCAGAGGUGCUGCAUUCCUCUGUCUACCAGCCUCCACUCAGGGAGAGGUUCAACUCUCUAGACAGCAAUUACUGUUCUGGAGCUGAACAUCGAGCAGGGCUACACAGGGACUAUGGACGUGUUCCUCUGGGCUACGAGGAUCUGUUCAGGAGGAAGCAGGAGCAGUGGGCUCAUCACCACCACCAUCACAACGCCAACAGGCCCUCCCAGUCUUCCCCCAUCUUCACCAUCGAUUUUGGAACAGAGCAUGUGGAAAGCAGCGGGGGUCAGUGCGUGGGAUGCAGGUUCAGAGGUGAGGAAAGUCUAGCUCACUACUCUCCGUGGUCCUGUGGAACCAUCGGGCCCUGCCUCAGCCCCUUUGAGCCCGAAACACUCACACAUAACUCGGCUCACUCCUGCUCUGAGCACUCGGAGCUGGACAGUAACGAAGGUGGAGGCGGUGGCGUUAGCGGCGGUGGCGUCGGGAAGCGAUGGCUGCAUUCACUGGAUCACUACCGACGCUUGAAAGACGAGGACCCCAUCAUUCCUUUCAGUGAGGGGCCCAUUAUCUCUAAGUGGGGAGCCAUUUCAAGGGCGUCUCGCACCGGCUACCACACCACCGACCCUGUUCAAGCCACAGCCUGCCAGGGCAGCGCCAACACCACGCCCAUCAACUUUAAAGACUACAACCCACACUUGGAUCACAGUGACUACAGGUGGAGCUCCAGAGGAUCAGACUCUUCUAGUCACUCCAGUUUCCUAGAGAGUGAGCAGCUUUGUGCGUCAGAGCUACACGGCCGGCGAACGUCUAUAAGCAGUGGUGAGAAAAUUGUGUCUGAUCUGCAAGCCCAUCAGACCGCCUUCAGCCAGGAUCGGGACCGGGCUGAGAGCGAACCGGACCCAGAUCGAGACAUCGAGCUUGAACUGUGCGCUCUGGACAUGGAGGAUUCAGACCACCAGGACAUCAACUCUCAGGAGUCUUUAGAUCUGGCCGCCCCACAGUCUAAGGAUGCUUCCCACCUCCUCCCACCUCCCUGCUCAUCUCCCCUCCUCUCCUCCCCUGUAGAGGAGCUCCCCCAAAGCGAGGGUCUUUCAACAGAAAAGAUGGACGCUCACCUGUUGAAAAAGAUGGCCUUCAGGAAGUCCCUGUCUCCAGGAGGGCUGGUAUCCGGGGGUCUGGGCAUCGGGAAGCUGGUGCUGCGUACCGGACCUCCUCGACUGAGUGACGCCUCCACCAGAGCCUGUCCUGAAACAGCCGGGGCAGAGAUGCUGCUCAAUGGAAGCUAAAGGGCCACAAAGUCAGACUCUGACCUGCACCGAGCUACAGCUGAGUGCCGACAACCAGAUCCUGGUUUAGGGGAAAACCAUUUAAUUCUAGCCUUCAUAUAUGUCGAUCAUAUGCCUAAAUAAAACCUGACAGCUAUAGAUGAACAGUCUGCGCUGCACCACAUGGCAAGGGGCAAAAAGAAAACACACUGGACUGCCCUUAGGUGGUGAUAUUUUCCACAGAGUUCCAUAGAGAAUUGAGUGAUAUUGUUUAUGGCUAAUAUGGUACACGGCCAGCUUUCUCUAAUGGUAGAUGCUGAACUUGUCCAUGUUUGCAGUUUCAACCUCUGGUCGCAUUUAGGGGAAGAACUCACAGUAUCUUCAUUAUCUGAUUGGCUACUUACAUUUGACGGGCCUUUUUUCACAUCAGAUAGCAAAAUCUAACAAUAUUAUAAGUGAAUAUUUCCUCAAUUAUGCCAUUUUUAAGCUUAUUUUAGGAUUUAUAUAUUAAUAUUUUCCUUUUAAAUUAUUCCCCCCAUAUAUAACCUCAACUAACAGCAAAAACUGGGAUCCUUUCACCCAGUACUGAAUGGUAGAUCACAGUAAACGGUUCAUUUAUUUACAUCUAUCCUACACAUGUAAUGUUUAAAUAUACUCUAGCUUCCUGUGUGUGAUUGCUUUUUAGCUUGUGCCUUGGAAAAGCAAAAGUGUUUCCAUCAAAGCAGGCGCGGUUUAUAGUCUCCACAUUCAAAUGGUAGAUUAAAAAAAGCAGUGGGAUUAUUUAUCCCCUUUUAUAUAUGUUGCCCCUUUUAAGAGAUCUGACAUUUGUAUCUUGUGUUUCUUCUGUCUGUUAACAUGUUAUCGCAGAACAAACGCCUUCUCUGAGCAGCCUUAUGUGGCCAAGGCUUCAUCCAGCGUGAUGCCGCCGGUUUACUGUAGAGCCUUUGUUGACAUUUCAUUUCAUAAGUAUUCCCGGCAAGAUCGAGAAAUAGAUGUUUCUGGUAGAGCUGAGACCAAACAUGGGCACUCCAUACGUGCCUCGGACAGAAAGUCUUUAAUGUGCUGAAAGAGAAGCAAGCCUGUGUGUUUUAUGAGUCAUAUGAGCUUUUAAACGUUGACCUCCGAAUUCCAUCAACUGUCACGGGAUCACGGAAGACAAUAACACGGUCAUAAACUGAAUUUGUAAAUGCUCAGAGGUCAGUUUUGUACUUACUUUUUAGAAUACCUUUAACAUAUACUCUUAGUCUACAAAUGUAAAGAAUAGAAACAGUAUUUUUAGCUGCAGGGGGAGAUAACUUAGUGGAAUUCUCUAUUUACUCACAGUCAGUCUUAAAAAUGUUUGUUCCAUCUUUGUGUGCCUGUAGUGUUACUGACAACUAAUCCUGCUAAUUGUAAGUUAGCUGCACACAUUCACAGGCAGUUGACACAGUCAUGCUAGAUAGUGGCCUUUCCAUGGUGUUCUAGAAAAACGAAACUAAACAUUGGGCUCUACAGUGACUUCUGUCUCAUCAUACACAUAAAUCUCAAAAACCGAACGCUGGACAUCACAUUUUUGUAAUCCUAUGGCCUCUGCUUCACAUUUAUGUGCGAUAUAAUCAAUAAUGUUUGAAGGCUACAACAGAGAGGGAUGCCACUUCUUGUGUUUCUUCAUGCUUUGGUUAGCUUUUUGAAAAGUUUUGAGUCGUUUUAUUUUACACGUUGCUAACUUCUGUGAAGUUGUCCGUCGGGGUAUUUUGUAUCAGGAUCUUUGUUACUCUUGUUUCGUUGUGUAUUAUGUUUGCUGGCCAUCAGAUGUGCUGUCACCAGAACUCCACCAAAGUCUCCGUCACUUUAGUUUUGUUUAAUAUGGGUGAUUUCCACAUAGUGUGCCGUGCCUCGCUCCCUUUUUAUAGACACGAGGCGUCCUAUUAUGUGUGACUUAGUAACUUAAAUGAAAUAUUCACCCAUCUGUAGAUGUACAGGAGUCAUGAGUUUGUUUACACCUAAUUCUAAAUCUAAUGAGAUUUGUGUAGAAGGAGAAGAGGAGGGCAAAUCAGUCUUUGAAUCUUUCAAGUUCCAUCUUUAACCUUCGUGUUGUCCUGCGGGUCAAAAUUGACCCAGUUUAAAGUUUGAAAAUGUGGAAAAAAAUCCAUAUUUUCACAGUGAAACUUCUGAUGAAAAAAUGACAACCAAAAUCCAGUGAAUUUUGCUGGAUUUUGGUUGAUUUUUAUGUGAAUGUUCUUAAAGAAAAUAUUAAAAGUUUUACUGAUAUAUAUGUAAUCAGUUUAGAUAUUAAUAGGAUUUCUUUUGGAAGAUUUUUACUCAUUAUUUGAAAAUAUUUACAAGGAUUUUCUUGCCAAAUUUGGGGGAUUUUUUUAAAAAUACAACUUUUAAGGGAAACUUUUAAGGAAUUAUUGGAAUUUUCUUCCUGAAGGUUUUGCAAAUUUUCAGGAAUUUAGGGAAUUUUUUGCUGAAUUUUUGGAUUUUUGUCAGACAAGGAAACAAUAUUUUUUGGUGCCCGUAAAUGAGGACAACAGGAGGGUUAAUUUCCUCUCAUCUCUGCUACUGAAAAAACCCUGAGAGACAAGCGUCAGUGCUUUUCCUCUUGGAUAAUACAUUAAAAUCCAUUUUACAGGGUUAGGGAAUGCCUGUGUUGAGGUUUAAGUUAGGACUUUUUAAACCAGAAAAACUUACCUGUUGGUUUCCCUCUUUAUUUUCCACCCAACUGCUCAGAGACAUGGGUAGAGAAACUGAAGAACUGAACUGGACAUUGAUGUGGCAGUGCUGUUUUUUUGGGGAAAAAAAAGUUUUGUAGGGUUAAUUUCUGACUAACAUAUGAAAGGCAAGGGCUGGCACAGGGAUUUGGCAGUUAUUGAAUUAGCUCAGCUACUUACUGUCACUCUGCAUCUGUUUACAACUUCACCUCUGAAGUCAUGUAAGUGCCAUGUCGUGUACAGUACAAUCAAUCCCUGCAGAUUUUCCUCCAGCUUUUUCCAUAGUCCUCACCUGGAAACCACGUGAGGAGGGAGAGGCUCGGUCGAGUCGAGGAGUGGGACACUUCUCUUGUAGUUCUGCAUUGUUCCAUUAGAGGAGGCUAGAUCCUUGUCUGUUUUGAAUCGCUCAGGGAAGACUUAAUUUGCUCAGCUACUUUGGCUUUUUUCUAUAUCCAUCACUUGGAAAUAUUCUGUGGAAGUAUUUACCUGCUGAUAAUUGACCCUUUCACCCAGAUGGGUAAAAGUGUGAUUCUUUGAUUUGCUAAUGUUUACUUUGUUCUCUUUUGCCUCUCAGUAUCAGUAUUGGCUUUCUGCUCUUUGUGUUCUCAUGAGAAAGGGCUGGGCACUACUGUAUGUUCAAAAACAUUAUUGUGAGUAUUGAAACUAAUGUCAAAGUGAUACUCCCUGUUUCCUUUAAUGUCUCUAUAGAGCACUGCUGUGGUGGCUAAUUGGACUGCACUGAUUCCCACCCCUCCAUCACUGCCAGUGCCAUCCCCACCUUCCGCCCCCCCCCUCCACCUCCACCUCCACCUCCACCACCUUCCCUGCAUCCUGAGUCCAUGCAUGCGGUAUAGUCCCUCUUGUGAUGGCGGAGGAGUAAUAACAAUUCUGUAGUUGUGAUACAACACACCCAGCGCUGUAAGAGUUCUGCACAUGCCCACUGUGUGGCCACGUCAAGUGCUGAAGUUUGCUUGCAGCAUUUUUACUUGCUUGCUCAUGACAAUUGAUUAUUGUUUAAUAGAGAUUAUAUGAUUAUUACUAUUAUUGUUAUGACCACAUUUGGUUGUCGUUGUGGUAUUUUUUCCUUCUUGAUAUAAGUCGGCUUCUUUGUUUUGAGAGUUUGCUGAAAAUUUUUUAUUAGACAAGAAAGUGUCUCAUUAUUCUAUAUUGUAUGGAAAAACAAGCCUGUUUGUUGAUUGUGAAACAUGAUGAACUGAUGUUUUCUGACUAUUCAUGUCUGUAUUAGACAUUUUAUUUGCGAAUCUAUUGUUCGAUUGAAAUGUAAAUGAACUAUUAAGAGAUGGUACACAUCUGUCAUUGUAUACAGUCUGGCACCAUCAUUAGAUGGACUUAUAGUAUAGAUGCUCAUUUAUACAACCUGUGAUAAUCAGAUAUAUUUAAAUGUUUAAAUCAUUGGGGCAGUUGUGUAAUGUUUCAGAAUGAGGAAAAUACAAUCCUUUAAGAGACAGCAUAUCUAAAAUGUCCCCAAAAUGAAUAAUACUGUUACGUAUUCCAUUUAUUUCCUUGGAAAUAUCACAUUGUGAAAGGUUUCCCUUUUACUUACUGUACGGUGAUGCAGGACUGGAGUUAAGUCUAACCUAUGGUGAUGAUGAUUUAUGUGCUAUUAAUACCUGAUGAAACUGUUUGAGUUUUGUUCCACUGACUGAUUCUUCUGUGCAUUUUCUGGCUUGUUCCACCUGUAUUACAUGGACCUGCAGACAGCUUGGACAAGCAGCGAACUGCUUCUGUGUCGCACUGAGAGAGAGGAGUUAUGAGAAGGAAGAUUGCAGCACAUGAAAUUGCAUGCUAUAAUAAACUGACAACAGUA